AUGAUGAUAUGUUUUGUCCUCAGUUAUUCCAUUUAUUUACAGCCAUCGCAUCUAAAAAUCCAAUGCGAAAGUCCCCUACAUAAUUACGAGAAGGGAGUUGAGAGGCAUUUCAGAAUCCAAAUAGUUUCUAAAAAGUUUGAAGGGUUAUCUUUAAUUCAGAUGCAUAGGUUAGUAAACCAGUGUUUGGGUGAAGAGCUUUCUGGAGGAGUACACGCAGUUCGCAUUGAAGCUUAUCCCCCGUCGAAAUAUAAGGGUGAAGGUUUUCUCCCAUCUUCCACGUGUAGAGGAAAUGCUCCGGGAGUUCUAGAAAGUCAGCCUCGCUAA